CCGGGAUACGAGAAAUACAGCAACUUGAGAUUUACGUAGUUUGGUAUUUUAUUGGUAAACAUAAAUUCUCUGUGCAGCAAUGCUCAAUCGGCUAUGCAUUGCAGUCUGUGUGGCUUGCAGGCCUUAUGUGAGAGAUGCUAAGAAAAUUGUAUUAGUCGGACGGAAGGCAUUUGGGUUGGGACUCGGUGCUGGCAUUUGUGGUGCAAUUGGGCUUGGAACGGUUUAUUGUGAGACUGGAUCUAGUGAUGGUGAUGUCUGCCCAUUGUAUAUGGCUGAUACAAUCACACCGAAGGAAGAACUGCAAAAGAAUAGAAAUGAAAUGAAGUAUCGAAUGGAAUUGCUCUGUAUGAAGCUACAGCGUCAGUUCUGUCACGCUCUUGAGGAGGUGGACGGUGGAAAGUUUUUUGUUGAUUGCUGGACAAGGCAAGAAGGUGGUGGUGGCAUUAGUUGUGUGUUGCAAGAUGGGCAAGUGUUUGAGAAGGCGGGUGUCAAUAUUUCUGUUGUUCAUGGGAUGUUGCCACCAGCAGCUGUGCAACAGAUGAAGAGCAGAGGAAAGAGUUUCAAGCAGUCAGAAGGAAAGCUACCGUUUUCAGCAGUGGGCAUUAGCUCAGUGAUUCACCCUCAUAGUCCACACAUGCCGACUGUUCAUUUCAACUUUCGAUAUUUUGAAGUUGAAGAAAGUGACGGCAACAGGCAGUGGUGGUUUGGAGGAGGAACAGAUCUAACACCGUGCUAUCUUGUGGAAGAUGAUGUAGUGCAUUUUCAUUCUACUUUGAAAAAUGCUUGUGACCAGCAUAACGAAACAUAUUACCCUGAAUUUAAGAAAUGGUGUGAUGACUACUUUGUUGUGACUCACAGAGGAGAAAGACGAGGUGUUGGAGGUAUUUUCUUUGAUGAUCUUGACAGUCCAUCACAAGAAGAAGUAUUUUCUUUUAUUAAGUCAUGCACAAAUGCCAUUAUCCCAGCAUACGUACCAAUCAUCAAGAAACACGUAAACGACUACCACACGGAUGAGCAAAAACGUUGGCAGCAACUGAGACGUGGAAGAUACGUUGAAUUCAAUCUUGUUCAUGACCGUGGUACAAAGUUUGGUUUGUUUACUCCAGGAGCUCGUAUUGAAAGCAUCCUGAUGUCACUUCCAUUGACAUCGCGGUGGGAAUACAUGCAUAAACCUGCUGAAGGAUCACCAGAAGCUGAACUUCUCACUGUCCUUCAGAAUCCCAAGGAUUGGAUCUCGUCUGAUGCGAACGAAGACAGACAGUGAGACAGAGAGAUGUUUGUAGUUCGAUGAAAAUGUGAGUAUGAGGGAUGCUGCAUGGUCAAUAGAUUUAUGAGCAUUCUGUUGUUGACGUCUAGCUGCAGAAUUUGAUCUCACUAGUAACUGUG